CUCAGUCCAUAGAGGGCGCCGUGGAAGAUAAUAAAAUCAAAAACAACAGAGGGCGGUAAACACAAACCUGCAAAAAUCGGCGACGAAGAACGACGAAAUUUGUUUUGAUUUGACAGUUUUCCAUUCUUGAAAGAUGGAGAGUAGUCAACAAAUCGGGGAACGAGAAGGUGAAAAGCUUUGUCAUGACAUGGCGAACAGCGUAGACAAAGUUGAAGCACUGUUUCGCAAAGCGGAGUCUGACCUGGAGUACAUGUCCAGAAAACUGGAGGAUGAAUUCAGGCAGCAACUGGGUGGCAAUAACCAGCAUCUGAACCCCAGCGAGAUGAUGCAGCGACUGCAGCGGGUCAAGAAGGAGUACAACAGCCUGGUGCAGGAUGCAGAGGGCAUCAAGGCCAUGCAGUCACAAAUGGCAAGCUACUUCAGAAGCCAGCUGCAGACGGCUUGUACGGCCAUCAAAGCCCUGCAAGAGAACGCCCCACAGGCUCAGAUCACAGACAGCAGUGAGCAGGAAGCAGUAGUGGAUUCCAUCCUGGGUCUGCGUCUUGGGGACCAAACAGACACCAACCAGACUAGCGAUGGGGAGGUGUGCACUAAGGAAAGCCCAGCACAGGAAUCCUCUCAAAAAACAAAAAAUACAUCCGGAAAAGCCACCUCGGAAUUAUCACAGGCCGAAAAGAGAGCGCGAAAUGAGGGUUUUACAGCGAUAACAGAGGAAGAGUUGCAGUCAGUCUCGCCGUUGGUCAGAGGACGGGUCAAACUGGCUGAUGUCAACGCCGUGUACAGAACACUGUUUGAGCACUUCAAAGUGAAUGGCAACUCGGAGAGUCUUACGAUUCAAGACAUGAGUAAGAAAGGACUGAGGAUAACCGGAGCAACAGGAGAAGCAAAGUUAAAGGUCUUACGAGCGUUGAAGGUUCUACAUAUGUCCAAGAACGGAGCAGUGAAACUUCUCUGAUUAGUCUCGACCUCAAGAAGAAUUACUUUGUUUCCACUUCAGAUUAUUGUGGAUCCAUAAUGUGUGUGUGUAUUUUGUUCCAGCCCAUAUUGGGCAAAGCCACAGUGCAGGCUUCCUUUUAAUUCGGGCGUUUCACAAUGCAGUGCACCACCAAGAGUUUGCCACGGAGAGUUCAUUUUUCUCAGUGCAUUGUGGGAGAUGGUCGACAAAUUUGCAGUGCGGGACAUUUGAAAUUGUUAGUUUUUCCGGUCAGUAGUUUGGUAAGCGUAUGAUUCAAGUACAUGUAUUAUGUUUGCCCUUUUCUUUUCUUUUUAUCAGUACGGUGUUUUUGUAAGGCGGCAGAACACUGUGCCCUAAUCUAUAACAAAUGAGCUCAAGUUCAUUCAAAAGGGCUGUGUUUUGUGGACCGUAAACUUGAAAAACGGACUCUCCAUGGCAAACUCUUGGUGGCACACUGCAUUGUGAAUCGCCCAAAUUGGCUUCCAUUUAAGUACCCAACAAUUCUUCCAUUGAUGUAGAUCUGGUUUUGUAUCUUCGUACGUGGUUUAAGGUUCAUUUUGUAAAGCCCUUAAUUAUUAUUAAAUAAAGAAGACGGAUUCUGUGGAUAUGAUUUGCCAUGGCCUCCGUGUACAAGUACCCCAACGGUUACAAAAGGAGAGUUGGGGAAGAUCUUGGAGGAAUGUUGCACGCAUUGCUGACAAUGCCUGGUGCAAACUCAUUCUGUUAUAUUCAUGGAGGUAUAUUUGGCCAUUUUACCCAUAUACCCUUAUAAUUAUUGUGUUAAAUCGUGUUGCAUGGUUUUGUUAAAACCAUAAGUAUAUAAAUUUGUUUAAUUUUGUUGAGUUGUUUUCCUUUUACUUGUGUUUUAUUACUGUCAUGUUUCUCAUCAAGAGUUCACUUAAAAUGCUGUUGUAUUUUUGUUAAGCAUUGUGAAAGUAUUAAAAUAUAACAUGGUACAGUAAUGUUAGAUGCCACAUUAAAACAUGAUCUGAAGAUACUUUUAAAUGUAGAAACAAGAAUCAAGGUUGACACAUGAAUUCCUGUGAAAAGUCAGAAAUUAAAUGAUCCAAAAGUAAAGUUAUCUAGCAGCUGUUCAGCGAGUAGGACUCUAACGUGUAGACUACAAUCUUUGUGAUAGUGUUGAUGAUUGUAAUGUCAGUGUUGUCGAUGUCAUCAAUGUGGUAAGUAAAAAUGCCAAAAGAUUAAUUCAUGUAUGUAAAUUUGUCACCAAUGAACCCGUUCUGAGAGAAAUUUUUGCUUGAAAGGUAUUUCUGCCAAGUGAAACUUGCCGCAAUUUGUAUUCGUCAUUAAUAAAUGAGUUAUCUGUGAACUGGUACCAAACUCACUAAAAUGCUUACCAGUUCUAUAUGACACGUAUGUAAUUUAUAUGAAUGGUGAUAAUAUUGAGCAGAAUUGUGUAUAAAUAUGUCAUCAUGUACUAGUGAACUGUAAGCUAAAUAAAACACAAUGUGCUAUAAUUAACGCA